AAGUGCGAUAGGCAGGCAUCGAGGACCAACGGACCGAUAGGCGUGGUCAAAUGAAAACAUUUGGCGAGAAAAACGCGGAAAUUGUCAAUUAAUCCGUGCAGUCACAGGAUGGGGGACCAACAGCAGCUGAUCCUGGCCACCGGUGGUUAUGACCACACCAUAAAGGUGUGGCAGGCGCACACGGGCAACUGCAUAAAGACGAUGAGAUUCGUGGAGACCUCGCAAGUGAAUGCGCUAGACAGGACACCGGAUAAGACGCGACUGGCGGCGUGCGGAUACCAGUGCAUCCGGCUGUACGACCUCGAGUCCAACUGCACCGCACCGGUGAUCAAUUUCGAUGGCGUGCAAAAGAAUGUGACGCGACUGGGCUUCCAGGAGGACGGUAAUUGGAUGUUCACCGCCGGCGAGGAUCAUCACGUGCGUAUCUGGGACAUGAUCGCCGCACCGCCACACUGUUCCCGGGUCUUCGAUUGUGAGGCGCCGGUGAAUGCCGCCUGUUUGCAUCCCAACCAGGUGGAAAUCGCCAUGGGCUCACAGAAUGGCAGCGUCUUUCUGUGGGACGUCAAGUCGGAGCGGCACGAACGCAUCGUGCCCGAGGUGGACGCAUCCAUUCAGGAUGUGGCCAUCUCGCCGGAUGGCAGAUACUUGGCGGCGGCCAAUAACAAGGGCAACUGCUACAUAUGGUCGCUGACCAGUCAGGAUCAGAAGAUGAGCACGCUGCACCCGACGAAGAAAAUUCAGGCGCACUCGCGCUACAUACUGCGCUGCAAAUUCAGUCCCGAUUCCAGGCUACUGCUGACGACCUCCGGCGAUGGCACUGUCUGCAUUUGGAAGACGGAUGACUUUAGCAAAUGGCGCGAGCUGCGCAUCGAGAACUAUUGGGUGUGGGAUGCCGCCUUUAGCGCCGAUUCCAAAUGGCUGUUCACCGCCUCGUCCGACGGCAUUGCACGACUGUGGAAGCUGCAAACGAAGAGUACCAUCAGGGACUAUACCGGUCACACCAAGGCCAUCACUGCCCUGUCCUUCAAGGACGAGAUCGUGGGCAAAUAGCAUUAGUUAUAGUAGUAGUAGAAGCUAGCGUCUAGAGUAUAGGUACUUUGUAAGUGGGUCCUGGUGGCGGAUUUUCAUUUGGCUUUCCCCAAAGAUUGGCCUAUUAAUGUUUGUGAAGCAACGCGGUUUUAGUUCAGCUUAUGUUUCCAAUUGGGUGCACAUAUAUAAAAUGCUAAUUCAUAGUCUCAAAAUUUAUAUACAAAAUGUUUGAAAAACUGCCAGUAGUGCUCAUUAAAUCACUUCCGAACCUAUUACGAUCUAUCUUAAGCCAGUUAUAUCGACAAUUAUCUCAAAUGUACAAUCAUCCGCACACCGCCAACCCAGCGAGACAAUCCGCCAGGAACAAAUAAUUUGGCAUUUUUUUAAAGCUGUGGGGAAAGUAGCAACACGACAACUGAACUCAACAGAAGCAUCAACUAAAACAACAUCCACAACAAUUGAACAGAUUAAUGAGAAUACCUCUGAAAAUGAGCGCUUGGCUUUUGUAGCGACUUUUUCAUAAUUUAUAAACCUUUGAUACAUAAUUAUAUUACGACUAAAUCGUUUGUACGCAAAAUGCAAUUUGAAUAAAAAUCUUACCAGCGUACAUAUACAUACAAUACAGAAA